AUGACCACUACAUCAGACGACAGCCUGUCCAAACACAGUGUGGUCGAUUCAAUGGAUGUACAUGAUACGAUAGAGCCAUACGAGAUCCACGCGAUCCAUUCACAAACUUCACAAACUUCACAAAAUUCAGAACAAACAUCACGCUUGACAAGGUACAGAACGGGCCAUUCUGAAUUAUCACGUAUAAUCAGUGGUAUACGAGAUGAUCAACAACUAGAUGAGCAAGAAGACAAGAGAUAUAGAGAACGCGGUGAUGCAGAAUAUAUAUUAGCUCAGGAACUAGAUCGAGGGAUUAGUCGAAAUAUGAGUCGACCUCAAAGCCCGGACAUGGAGGGGCAAGAGUCUCUUCAUGAGAAUAUUAUUGAAGAAAAAUUGGAAGGAGAAGCUGUUGUUGAUGACUACCCUACCGAUGGAAAUUUUGCCUGGGUAAUGUCAAUUUGUGCUAUGUUGGCUUCAUUUUCUACAUGGGGCGCCAAUGCCGGAUACGGUGUGUUUUUGAGUUACUACUUAAACUCAAAUACAUUUCCCGAAGCUACCGAGUAUGAUUUUGCAUUGAUUGGUGGUAUUGUUGUGUUUGCGGCUAAUUUCUUAUCUCCAUAUAGUGCCAUUUUAAACAAGGUGCUUGGAUUGAAAUGGGUAUUUGCAUUAGGUCUUGUUUUUCAAACUCUUGGAUGGAUUUCUGCUUCUUUCGCAACCAGAGUUUGGCACUUAUACUUAUCUCAGGGUGUUUCGGUGGGUAUUUCGUUCUCGUUUAUCUUCAUCCCAGCUACUUUGGCCUUACCUACGUGGUUUGUUGAAAAGAAAGCCACGUCGAUGGGAAUUUGUGUUGCUGGUGCUGGAUUAGGUGGAUUGAUUUUCUCUCUUAGUGUCAAUAAAGUGAUACAAGAUACCGGUGAUCAGAGAUGGGCUUUAAGAAUGGUUGGAUUUGUCACUUUGUUUGCUGUGGUUGUCGUCAUUGUCUUAAUGAGACCUAGAAAAUCAUUGCAAAUGCCACCACCAAUGAAACAAAGAUUGACUCGUACAUACAUCAAGGAAAGUUUUAAAGUCAUAUUUGAUAUUCGAGUGGUUAAGAAUUAUGGUAUUCAAAUUGUUGCCGUUUGGUUUGCUAUUGCUUUACUUGGGUAUACAUUGAUGUUAUUUUCUAUAUCUUCAUAUGCUACGUCAAUUGGAUUAUCCCAUCAGCAAGGAUCAUCAUUGACUGCCAUUAUGAAUGCAGCUCAAGUUGUUGGAAGACCAGCUAUGGGUCUUGGUGCUGAUCGAAUUGGUCGAUCAAAUUUUACUGCCGUUAUCUGUCUACUCAUUUCUAUUCUCUUGUAUGCAUUUUGGAUCAAUGCAAAGACUUAUGGGGCAAUGAUUGCAUUUUCAGUCAUAAUUGGUUUGAUAGUUGGUAUUGGAUCCUCUUUGGCACAGCCGCUAGCUGCUGACGUUCUAGAAGGACAAUUGGAACAAUUACCAGCAGCUUGGUCAUCCAUAAAUAUUUUUGUUUCCUUUUUCUGUCUUGUCGCUGAAGUCAUUGCAUUAGCUUUAGUGGUUGAUGGGGCCUCCGAUCCUUACUUACAUACACAAAUCUUUGCUGGUACUUGUUUCUUUGCUUGUUUUUUGGUCAUGUUAGUGUUAAGAGAACAUUUGGUUAGUAAGAUUUUACGAUCUCGUUAUGGCGCAGCAAAGGCUGGAUUGGAACAGAUUAAUGGUAAUGUGACGAAAUGUGGGUAUUUAAAAGAUAGUGAUGGGAAGGAAGUUGAUGAACAAGAAGGUGAAGAAGAAAUCUUACUAGAAAGAGUUGAAAGGUACGAACAUUUGUUGAGACGUUCAGUAUUUGCAUUCUUUGGUAGAGUUGUAUAUCCGAUCAAAGUAUGA